UCUCCUUGGGUUGAGAGGUUACGUUGUUUGAUAACUUAUGCUAGAAGGAGACGUGUUAUCUGCAGGUUUAAACUCAGUAGUUCAUCUUUAUUAAAAUGUAAAAAAACAAUAUCGAACAGGUGGAGUGUUGCUGAUGGAUUUAGUGGAUUGAGGCAUGCUUUUUUUGCAGUGAGCAGCUGAACAUGCUAAUAUUAGCUUGUAGCUUCGUCCUUUAGUUAGCCUGCUUGGUACCAAUUAUACUGCUUUAAAUGACGUAUUUUUUAAAGCUAAUCUUGUAGCUGGAAGUGAGUUUAAACGGGCUGUAUCAGAGUUAUGGCAUCAGUCAGGCUUCUGUGUUUGUUAAAUGGGAAAGCUGCAGGCUGUAGCAGAACGUUAGCCCGGACCGGUUGCAGAAAUGUCUGCAGUUCACCUUCAAGGCUGCAGAGCAUGUCAGCAUGGGUCAUUGAUCAGUAUGGUUCAAGUGGAGUUUUGAGACACACAGAAGAAAUCACCAUCCCGACUAUUAACUUUGCACAUGACGUGAUGAUAAAAGUCAGUGCGGCCAGUCUCAACCCUCUAGAUGUAAAUAUGAGGGGGGGCUAUGGGGCUGCACUGCUUAACAUAAGGAGGGAUCCUUUGUCUGUGUUGAACAGCUUCAGCGAGUUUCCACUCAUUCUGGGCCGUGAUCUGUCAGGUGUAGUUGUGGACUGUGGGUCAGGGGUGACGCACUUUGCUCCUGGAGAUGAGGUGUGGGCUGCUAUUCCACCGUGGAAACAAGGCAGCCUGGCAGAAUAUGUGACUUUGACAGAGUAUGAGGUUUCCUACAAGCCAAAAUCAUUGAGUCACAUAGAAGCUGCAUCCAUCCCCUAUGUAGCCAACACUGCCUUCUCUGCCCUUGUCAAUACAGGUGGUCUGUGCAGGGAAAACUCCUCAAAUAAAAGAGUUUUAAUCACCGGAGCAUCCGGAGGUGUUGGAACGUUUUCCAUCCAAUUAUUAAAGGCUUGGGGUGCCCAUGUAACAGUUACCUGCUCCCAGAAUGCGGAAGGCCUUGUCAGAGGGCUUGGGGCUGACGAGGUGGUGGACUACACAUCAGGAGACGUGGCUGAACAACUGGAAAUGAUGCAGAGGUUCGAUGUUAUUUUGGACAAUGUGGGAGGCGAUACAGAGGAAUGGGCAAUGGGCCUGUUGAAGCCUUGGUCAGGGGCAAAGUACGUCACAUUGGUGUCACCUUUACUCCUUAAAACCGACUCCAUGGGCUUGUUAGAUGGCACGUUGAACGCUGGGCUCACCCUGCACAACAAAGCCUUUCAGAACAUAACAUCAAGUGGAGUCUUCUACAGGUGGGCAUUUUAUGCUCCCGAUGGACCCACCUUGGAUGAAGUCAGCCGUCUGGUGGAUACAGGGAAGAUCCUACCAGUUGUGGAGGCCCAGUUUCCGUUUAUUCAGGUGCCUCAAGCUUUCCAGAAGCUGGAGCAGGGCCACGCGAGGGGGAAGACUGUAGUGAAGGUGGCUGAGGAUGAUGAGUGCAUAGAGACUGCAGAGUCUGAGCAAGGAGUGCAAGUAACAUCGCAGCAAAAUUGAAGAUGAAAAUUGCCAAGCGAAUCCCUCAUGCACGUCUUUCACCUUUCACAGCGCUACAAUUGACAGCAGUGAACUGAGUAUUUCAAAUAGGAAAGGUUAUGUGUAGAAGACAGUAAGUGUGAAUUGAACAAGAAAAGGGAGAUAGCUAAAUUUAAGUUUUUCUUAGAGCUUUCACCUUUCUGCACCAUUUUGGAUUUGUAAAAGGUGCUUGAAGUAUGCUGUGUUCACGUUUCUGUGAAAUUACAGUAAAUUCAAACUGGAGACUUAUAAAUGUUAUUCAGGUAUAGUGUAUAUAACAUGGAGCUGAACAAUGAGGCAUGUCUUGUUACAUUUAUCUUUAAAGGUUUCUCAGUAAAAGACAUGAAGUCGUUUGA